UAUGGCCAAAGCAGCAACAGAAUAUUCAGAUUAUGAUAUCUCUGAUGAUUCUCUGGUAUUUAAAAUUUCUUACUAAAGUUGAAGGGUAGAAUUAAUAGAAGUAAGAUUGAUAAGCCUUUGAUAUGUUUUUGUGUAUUGAACUUUUUCCUUAAUGCUGCUGUCUCAGUUAUAGCACCUUUUUAUCCUCCUUUAGCAAAAGAUAAAGCACAUGUAUCAGUAUCUACAAUUGGAUAUAUUUUUGGAUUGAAUCCAAUAGGAGCAUUUUUUUUUUCUUUGGUUAUGGGUAAGAAAAUGUCUUAAUGGGGAAGAAGAAGAUGUAUGCUAAUUGGUUUAGUAAUAAAUUGAUGUAAAAUAGGUUAUUUAAUCAGCAGUAGUAGUUGCAUUUGGAUUAUUAGAUUUUAUGACACAUAAUAAAGAGUUAUUUAUCACUGUCUCUUUAGUAACUAGAUUUUUGUAGGGAGCAAGUCGAGCAGCUUAUAGUAGUAUAUCAUUUGCUUAUAUACCAAUAUUAUGGCCUGAUUCUAUUUAAAAAAAGAUUUCUAUUUUAGAAACAUUAACAGGGUAUUUUGUAUAAAAUAAGGUAAAGUUUAGGUUUGAUGAGUGGUCCAUUUAUUGGAGCAGCUUUGGAUGCAUUAUUUGGAUAUUAGAUGAUAUUUUAUACAUUAGGAGGCAUAUUUUUCAUAGCUUUGAUACCAACUGCUAUAUUCUUACCUGAAGAUGAUCAUUCUUUAAAUAAGAAACCAACACUAAAUUCAAAAAGAGUAAUUAGAAAUAGGUAAAUAUGGAGUUUGGGAUUAUUAUUAACAAUGAUGUCAGCAGGUACAACAUUCAUUAACCCUAUUUUCUCAAUUCAUAUGAAAUGUUAUAACAUGGAAGAAGAUGUGGCUAGUUUAUUAUUAGGAUGGUUAACAAUAUCAUAUAUCAUUUGUAUUAAUAUAGUUCCAAAAUUAUUAUAAUGUAUAGACAAAAAAAUAAUAUUAACUUUUGGAUUAUUCUGCUCUUGUUUAGGUGAUUUGAUUAUUGCUCCCCUGGGAAUCUUUCCUAAUAAAUGGUUUAUGACUAUGAUAGGACUUCCAUUUAUUGGUAUUGCAAAUGCUUUUUGUGUAUUGCCUGCUAUUCCUCAAUAUAUAGAUUAUCUUAAUUAAAUUUUCAAUAAUGAUCCAUCAUUGAGAUUACCAAUUUCAGAUUUAUCCAGUGGAUUAUUUAUUUCUUUUUACUCACUUGGAACAUUUGUAGGACCUGUUAUAGGAGGAAUUGUAUAUGAUGCUUUUUUAGUCGACUAAUCAAAUGAAGCUUAAAUGACUAGUUUCUAAAGAUCUUCAUAUACUAUGGCAGGUCUAUAGGCAAUUAUGUCAAUAUUAUUUAUAUUUGGAGGAGAUGUUUAUGCACCAGGAUAUAAAAGAAUAAGAUAAGGUGAAAAUAUAGGGAUUUCACUUGAGGAGGAAGAUGAAUAUGAAGGAUCAAAUAAGAUUGGAGUGCAAAUGUUUAGUUCUACCUAACCGAAUGUUUCUCAUGAUGAAUCUAGUUGA